AGACCGGGCGCGCGCGGGCGCAGGGCGGUGCGGAUUUAACGGAGCCGCUCAUUCCGCGUGUCCUCAAACAUCUCAGCGCGCUGUUCUGCACAACAACAUGGGGCGUUACACCGGCCAGACAUGCCGCCUGAUUUUUAUGCUAGUGAUCACGGUGAUCUUUUUUGUGGCCGAGAUAAUUGCGGGUUAUUUGGGGAACUCGCUGGCGCUGGUGUCGGACUCGUUCAACAUGCUGUCGGACAUCCUGUCUCUGUGCGUGGGGCUGGCUGCGGGGAGACUGGCGCGCCGGCCCGCGUCUCCGCUCUGCACGUUCGGCCUGGCCCGGGCUGAGGUGGUGGGCGCGCUGGCCAACGCCGCUUUCCUGGCGGCGCUCUGCUUCUCCGUGUCCGCCGAGGCAGUCAAGAGGCUGGCGCGCCCCGAAGCAGUGGACGAGCCUUUCAUCGUGCUGAUCGUCGGCUCUCUCGGACUCGGGGUCAACGUCAUCGGGCUGCUCGUGUUCCAGGACUGGAGGUGGCUGUGUGGGAGGAAGGACGGGAGCAGAGACAAAUCUACCGACAGCGAUGGAAAAAUAGCAAUGAACGGCGAAGCAGGCUCCGAGCCGGCUGCUUCACCAAACCAGGAUAAGAAGCAGAGUGACGGACCUCCGCUCAACAUUCGAGGAGUUUUGCUCCAUGUGUUGAACGACGCUCUGGGCUCAGUUGUGGUGGUGGUGGCCGCGGUGCUGUUUUACGUGCGGCCUCUGCCACCCGACACGCCGUGUAACUGGCAGUGCUACGUGGACCCAGGCCUGACGCUGGUCAUGGUGGCCAUCAUUGUGUCCUCAGGUGUUCCUUUGGUCAAAGAGACGACCAGAAUUCUGCUGCAGAUGAGUCCACCUGACCUGGACGUCUCCAAGAUCCUCGAGGACGUCUGCCGGCUACCCGGAGUCCUCGGCGUUCACGAACUACACGUGUGGGAGCUGGCCAAGGACCGGAACGUGGCCUCCAUGCACGUCAAAUUGUCCUCUGACCUAGAAAGCUCAAAAGGCGAAAUCCGACGCCUCCACGGUCGAAUCAGAGAAUUGUUACAUCACCUGGGGGUCCACAGCGUCACGCUACAAACGGAGUUUGUGGACGAGGAGAUAGAGAACGAACACUGUGGCAUGCCGUGCAUCUCCCACGACUGCCUGAAGCAAUCCUGCUGUCCUGCUGAUCGGAUGACACACAAGUAUACCGACCUCCAUAAAAUGAAGGACUCCUGCAGCUCUGGAGAAGUGGCCGUGGACUUUGCAGAUGGCUGUAGAGAUGAGGAACCAAAACUCCUUGCUAGCACGGCCUUCUAAAACCUUUAGGUCUGGUUUCUGUAACUAAAUUUAACCAGAAUAUCAGGUAUUUCAACAAAACGCCAGAAGCAUAAAAUCCACUCAAAUCCAGUCUUUAUGGCUGACAGACUGUUUCUCCCCCAAACGCAUUCCAACCAACAACGUUAUUCAGAUCCUCAAUAAGCUCGAGUCAGUUCAUUCAGUUUCAUUAACGUUUGCACUAACUGCGGCAUGUGAUACAGAGUGUAUUCUACUACACUCUACACGUCAGCAGAGUUAACUAGCUGUAACAAAACUUUGUGAUUUGAAAGAAAAUCCAAAAUAUUCAACACUGAAACAGACGACGUAAAAGCUGCCUAUAAUUGCCAAAAAGCAAUUAAUAAGUUUCAGUCUAACUAUUUAAACUUAAUGAAAUUUCUUUACGUAAUCAAACGUAAAAAGCUUAUCUAGUAACUAGGUGACAACGCCAAAAGGCUACAUAUUUAUAGAUAUAAAAAAUUAUUCUUGCUGAAGCUUUUUAAAACAAUUAACAUUGCACUUUCUGGUUCGAGAAGUAGGCUAAUGUGGUUCUGAAUAUCUGCCUGGAAUGAUCCAGAGAAAAAUCCUUUCUGAAAAUUAACCAAAUCAUUAUCUUUGUGUAAAGUUUGGCAAAGCUACUGCUACUAAAAAGGACUGGUCUUAACGGCUAAUCACAAAUUAAGCCUAAUGAACAAGUUAAGCCCACACUAAAAUCGUACAAAUCGCAACUUCUGAAAAUGAAUUCUAGCGAGGACGUAAACAUUAGCAUCUGAUAUAGAAGCUCAAACCAGACCGUUAGCCUUUGGAUAUUCCAGAUAUAAAUACAGAUACCUCAGGGAGUUGAAGGACUUUUUGGUGCUUGAUCUUUGUGCUUGAGUGCAAACUACUGUUAUCUUCAUUUGCUGUGAUCAAUCAGUGUCCGCUGGAUUCUUCAGAUUCCGUUCUAAAGCUAAAUAUAAAAAAAAAAAUCCAACUUUGUGAAGAACAGAUCAUACGACUGAGACCGAUGUGCUUACAAUCUUAAAUCUCAUGGUGCCGAUUCUUUAUCCCACUGAGCAGGGACUGGACCGAGAUGACAGGCUGGCAUCUGAAUUACAUGGCCUUUCUGGGUCUGUCUUGAGUUUUACAAAAGCAUUAAAAUCCUUAGAAGUUGAAGUGUUAAUGAGAUGUUAAGUCGAGCUCAUGUUUAUUUCAGCUCGACACUUCACGGGGUGUUAUCGUAAGUGAUCUCGUUACUUUCCAUUUAAUAUUUAAACACUAUAAUCCAUCAGAAUAGGAUACUGAAUGUUAGCGUAAUAUUCUAAUGAACUAGUCAUUGAUAUUGGGUGUGGGGGGGUGGUGUUAUUAUUAAGUUUGGGGUGGUGCUUAAUGCUGUUAGCUUCUCAUUGUAACUUGCCUCAUAAUUUGGAGCCAUUACCUCAUUUCUAUACAUUUCAUUAUUUUUUAUUUCGUACUCAAUCAGAUGGAGUAAACGAUAAGCUAGUAUUCAGUAAACUAGGCUUAAUGAUUGUAAAACGUCAAGUCGAAAUGACUUCAAUCUAAUGAGAAAUUAAAAAGUUAUUAAAUCUAUUAAGAAACAUGUCAAAACAGAAUUUAGUUUUCACUUUACACGCCUUUCAUUUUUUGCUAAAUAUCUGGCGAACAUCUUGCUCACAUCUUUUUCACAACUAUUCGCGUGUUCCUUGGGAUUUUGACUUUUACCUCAGACUCUACAGGAAACGAGUCAUGUUUUCCGAAAUGCUGACUAAUAAUGAAGUGAAUUAUUUCUUUGUAAAAUCUUUCCAAUAUUUAUAUUUUUUUUUUCAAUUGCAAUAUGGCAUUGUAUUCAUUUUAAAAAAAGAGUUUGCAUUUGCACAUUACUGGGACAUCAUUAUGUGAUGUAAAUACCAAAGGGCGCCUUCUGUUCGCCGUAAAGGAAAACGGAAACGUAGCAAGUUACGAUUCAUGCAGAGGUCAGUCUGUACGUAACAAACACUGCCUUACAGCUCUGCUUUCCAGACAUCACAACGACAGAAACCGUAAAUGAAACGUAAACGAAACUAACAAUGAACAAGAUGAACAACAGCAUAAAAAAAAGCUUGUUUAACAAAAAGCUUUCAAAUCCUGCCGACUUUGGAGCUCAAUGUUUUCAUUUUCAAACUCCCCGAUUAAAGCACUUCUUAUUCCAUAAAAAAUUAGUGGAGAAUUUAAAAUGUAUACAUUUAAAAUGUUUAACAUUCUAUACAAACAGAUUUGUUUGGUUCAAUCAAGACAAUGCGACGCACCUCGCCUCAAAAUGUUUAGAAUUCAGAAAUUAAAAAAGAUGUUUUAAAACUUAAUUCGAAUUUUGCUCUAAACAUACUGAGAAUCAAACCGAAUUAAAGUCGUGAAGCCAGUGUGACGAACCGACUGGAAACAAACACGGUUAAACGUUUGCUUAUUUUCUUUAAUCAUUAUAUUACACUGAGAAUCUGCUCUACAGUACAUCUCCUGGUGCAAGAUACCAGAACAAUGGUUUGAAUAUAUUCCAACUUUGGCCUAUUUUGGUGUUACACUCCAGUAGAUGGCAGUUAACCAUUGGACCAACGUGAACCGUGUCAUGUCUGGAAAGCGGCUGAAUCUACGCUUUUUUUUUUUUAAAUAAAUAAACAAACUGUGUGCUUUUUUUUCUUCCAUAAAAUCAAAUGAAUCAACUUCA